AUGAGUGGAAAAAUGGAUGAUUCAUUUGUUGAAAUUGAAGAUCCAAAUGCUAAUGGGCAAGAGCCAACCCAACAGGAAAUAGAAGACUAUGCUGAAUGGCUUGGUGCUGAUUUACAAAAAGAUCGUGAUCUAUUUUGGAUCGCUAGAGAAGCACUUAUGGCUCCAAUUCCACCAGGAUGGAAAUUAUAUCAGAGAAGGGAUGGUACUGGGGAACCGUUCUACUUUAACAGUCGUACAGGUGAAUCUCUUUGGGAUCAUCCGUUAGAUCAGCAUUACAAAGAUUUAUUCGCGAAAGAAAAAGCAAAGAAAGAAUCAGGAAUACGCUCAGGUGGUCCACAAUCCACUCAAUCAAAUACUCGUCCACUUGCAGCUUUAGGAUCAAAACCAGGCACAUCAUCGAUUGGUUCAAAGCCACUUGGAAGUCUAGGAUCGCAAAGUGUUGCACCUAUGAGCCUUGGACCUCUUAAAUCUUCAUCUGGAACUCCAAUUAUUAUUUCUGCAGGUAUUUCUUCAAAUAACAAUGCACAAUAUCAACGAGAAUUAAAUGAUCUACAAGCUUCACACCGUCAAGCAAUCGAAAGAGAAAAUAACGAUUUCAAUCAGCAACUAAGUAUCUUACGAGCUAAGCAUGAUACAGAGAAAAGCAACUUACAAUCAAGAAUGGAUGAUGAAAUAGAAUCCAUACGUUCAGCUCAUCGUAGAAAAAUCCAAGAUUUACGCGCUGCAAAUCAAAGAGAAGCAGAUCAAGAAGAAAGAGCAUUAUCUCAGAUGCGUGCGAAAAAGGCUGAUGCAGAAAUCGAACUUAACCAGUUAAAGAAGAAACAGCAACAAGAAAUUACAGAUGCAGAAUUAUCUCAUAUCAAUCAAUUGAGAGAACUCAAGAAUGAUCAUGAAAAAGAAAUACAGCAAGAAAAUAAUAAGCAUCGUGCUCAGUUAGAAGAGCUCAAGAGAAAGAAUGAUGAUGCAUUGAAAGAUGAAAAGGCAAAACUCGAUCAAGCACUAGAAGAAGCCCGCCGUAACAAUAAGAAUCAAAUUUCUGCUGAAGAAAACAAGCGUCAAAUCAGUGAAGCUGAUAAAAAGGAAAUCGAAGAAAUGCAUAAGAAACAUGAAGAGGAAGUUGCUGAACUAAAGAAGAAAUUUGAAGAGGAAAUCAAGUCAUUAAAUGAUCAACAUGCUAAAGAUGUCGAAGAUUUGAAGAAGAAACUUCAAGCAGAUCUCGACCAACAAACUAAGGAUUUCGAUCUCGAAGGAAAAGUGAACAAAAUGAAGCAGCAAAGCCAAUCAUCAGAACCAAUUGAUGCAUCUGCAAAUGAUCAAAAGAAGAAAGAAUUACAAAGCCAAUUUGAUGCUGAAAUUGAAAAGAUGAAGAGAGACCAUGAAAAGAACAUUGCCAACCUCAAGAAACAACAGACACAAGAAGCUGAAAACGUUAAACUCACUGCAGGCCAAACAAAACAACUUGAUGCAAUGAAGAAAGAUUUCGAAACACAAAAACAAGAACUUCAAAAUGAUUUCGAUGAAGAAAUCUCUCAAAUGAAGCAACAACACAAGAGAGAACUUGAUCAAUUAAAGAAAUCCCAUCAAACAGCUGUUACUCAAGCAAAGAUGACAGCUGAUGAGCAGAAACAAAUUGGAAAGAUGAAAUCACAAUUUGAGCAAAAGAAAGAAGAGUUACAAAGCCAAUUCGAUGAAGAAAUUGAGAAUAUGCAAGAAGAACAUAACAAAGAAAUGGAAGAAAUCAAGAAACAACAUCAGAAAUCAAUUGAUCAAGCAAAACUUACUGCUUCACAGCAGAAACAAUUAAACAACUUGAAGAGCGAAUUCGAGCAGAAGAAAGAAGACUUGCAAGACGAAUUCAAUGAAGAAAUCGAAGAACUCAAGGCAGAUCACAAGAGAGAACUCGAUAGACUCAAGAAAGGCCAAAAGAAACAGCUAGAAGCAGAGAAAAUGAAACAACUUGAUGAACUUCAAGAAGAAAUCGAUCAACAAAGAGAAGAAAUGCAAGAAGCAUUUGAUGAAGAAAUUGCUCAAUUAAAGCAAAGACAUCAGCAAGCAAUGGAGAAACUUAAACGCCAGAAUCAGAAACAGAUUGAAAACGAGAAAGAGCAGAACGAGCAAGAACUCGAGCUUAUCAGAACAAGAUUUGAAUCUGAUCGCCUCAAAGAAGAAUCAAAUGCACAAAAGUCGAAUUCUAGGAAAUCAUCUUCAGCUCGUAGAUCUACAAUUUUAUCAUUUGACAGCGAUACAGUUUUCUCUGUUAGGCCAAAGAGAGAGAAGAAGAAAGGUAGUGAUUCAGUUACAUCUUCACAACAUGAUAUUGGCUAUCUUGGCCUUUCUUUCCCUGUUUCUUAUGCUAAAACUGAAUCAGGUGUUGGAUCAAUCCCAUUCCUUUCGAACAGAUCUCAAAUGGUUGCAGAUAUUCAACCAAAUAUGUACGAGAGACAGAUGUUGAUGCAACAACAAGGAUAUGGAGACAUGGGAUAUAUGAACCAGAGCCGCAUGAACAAUCCAAUGUCUCAGAUGUCUAUGAUGAAUCCACAGAUGCAGAUGAUGAAUCCUCAAAUGCAAAUGAUGAAUCAAUCUGCAAUGAUGAACCAGUCACAAAUGUCAAUGAUGAAUCAACGCAUGAGCAUGAUGAACCCACAGUACUCAAUGAUCAAUCCACAGACAAUGAUGAUGGAUUCUCAAUCUCGAAUUGUUUCCGAUCAAAUCAUCGAGUUCGAUGAAAAAGUUCUCCAAAAGAUGAAGAAACAAAAAUUCAAACUCGAAAAAGUUAAUAACACAUUUGCAGCAACAUAUGGACCGCUUGUUGCAACCCUCAAGCAGCAGCUAGAUGACGUAACAGCUGUUUGCGAUAGCUACAAGAAGAUGCUUGCUGAUCAGAACAGAGUUCUUCAGCAAAUUGUAAAUGAUUUCCAGCAACAAGCUCAGCAGAUGACACAUAAUUUCAACAACAGAAUUCAAGAUGUUGAAAAUUCAUAUAGAGUUGCUCUUAUGGCGGCGCAAGGUCAGCCAAUUGCUCCUGCUAUUGCUGCAGUUCCUGCUCCUCAAGUUUCUGAAAGAAGAGGUCCAACGAGAACUAUGAAAUCUGCGAAAAUUAAAAGAAUAGAAAAAGUUUCAGACAAUGAUGAUCAAAUAGAGUCUGAAACAGAAAGAUCUAUUAAGAAAUGGAAGAUUGAGCAGAAGAAAGCUGCACGCAGUUCAAGAAGAGUUCAAGAUCAGGUUGAUGCUUUAAGAGCUAUUCAGGAUGAUGAUUAA